CCACGGUCAAACCAUCUCCAUCUCAAUUUCCACUCAUUCCUUCGCACCUGAAAACCAACUCACAAACAGAAUGGCCCCCAAACUGGAAAAGAAAUCCGCGGAGGAGAAGAAUGUCUCCGCCGAGAAAACUUCGACGGAGAAGCCCGCCAAGGCCGGGAAGAAGCUCCCCAAGGAAACCAGCGCAGGAGAAAAGAAGAAGAAGAAGGUGAAGAAGAGCGUCGAGACCUACAAGAUCUACAUCUUCAAGGUGUUGAAACAGGUGCAUCCAGACAUCGGGAUCUCCAGCAAGGCCAUGGUGAUCAUGAACAGCUUCAUCAAUGACAUCUUCGAGAAGCUCGCUCAAGAGGCUUCCAGGCUCGCCCGCUAUAACAAAAAGCCGACCAUCACCUCCCGGGAGAUCCAGACGGCGGUGAGGCUCGUGCUUCCGGGUGAAUUGGCUAAGCACGCCGUGUCAGAAGGAACGAAGGCGGUCACCAAGUUUACCAGCUCUUGAUGAUUUUGAUCCUGUCAAUGGCGUCGGCUCGUCGCGGUGAAAUGAUUUAGGGUUAUGGAUUGCAAUCGUUCUACCUCCUAUUUUGUCCCCAUACAGUUUUGUGUUCCUUUGCGGGUGCAAACGAAGAAUUAUACAAGUUUGAUAAACAAUGGCGUUAAUAUCUUUUGGAUUUGAAUAUUAAAUUUGAUUUUGUUACCGGGUAUGCAAUUCCAACUAAUAAAAUUUGGGAUUCAUAUAAUAAAAUCACAUUGUGGUUGAUUUUGUAUGGUAUAAUUAUUGAACAUUUCAAGCUGCUUCGCUCCUUAGCUGGAGUCGUUUGAAUCUAUUGAAUUCAUUACGUGGUGUAUUGUACUUGAAUGAGAUGAGUUUUCAGAAAGUUCUAUAUAGAGUAAUUCUUUUGAAGGAUAUGUAAAAUUAUUUUAUUAAUAAAAUAAAUAAAAUUUUAUACUCCCU